AUGUCAAGCAGAACCUCCGUUCACACACCAGCAAUCCAAUCCAAUUCAGGGACGAAUCCCUUCUCCACACCCCUCAGGCACAGUCGUGCCCCGUCAGUCAGUGAUCAAAGUGCGAGUGGACGGGGGGUCUCUUAUGGCCCUCCGCCAGAUGUGAACGGCUCGCAACAACCGCGAAGGAGGUUCAAAAGCGCACGCCUGGUGCCAGGUGAAUACGAUGAAAAGCCAUGGGCCCUCUCAAAACAUCCCAAAUUGAAAUGGGAGAAGACCAUCUUCUAUGGAAGCGUCGUUUUAGGAGUUGCCAUUGGCGCAUUCAUCUGCUAUCGAGCAUUUGCUAGCGUGACGAACCAUUCGUACUGUUUAAUCUUAGAAGACGACUUCUCCACGAUCAACAAAGACGUUUGGCAGUACGAAAUCCAACGAGGAGGGUUCGGAAGCGGCACGUUCGAAUGGACCACAGAUGAUCCAAAAAACGCCUACACAGACGCUGACGGUCUCCAUAUCGUGCCUACCUUGACGACUGAAAGCACCGACAUCACAAGAGACCAACUCAUUGAUAAUUAUGUGCUCAACCUGACAACCGAUGGUACUUGUACAACAAAAGGCAUCGACAACUGCUCUAUUCGUUCGAACAAGACCGCUGGGACUAUCGUCAACCCUGUGCGCAGCGCUCGUCUUUCUACAAAAGGAAAGAAGACGAUAACCUUUGGAAAGGUCGAAGUUGUGGCAAAGAUGCCUCAGGGAGACUGGCUUUGGCCAGCGAUCUGGAUGAUGCCUGAGAACGAUACCUAUGGCGAGUGGCCACGCUCGGGCGAAAUUGAUAUUGCCGAGAGCAGAGGCAAUGCUGGGGACAACUAUACUAGUGGAGGUCGAGAUUCGAUCAUCAGUGCACUGCAUUGGGGUCCACUACCCGAAGUUGACGGCUUCUACAAGACGAGCGGCCAACAUCAAGUUCGCCGCACUGACUAUACUGAGGCCUUCCAUACAUUCGGCGUAGAAUGGAGCGAAGAUUACCUCUUUACAUAUAUUGACUCAAGGCUCUUGCAAGUCUUCUUCCUCAAAUUCAACAAGCUCAUGUGGAAUCGUGGAGGUUUCAGCGAGAAGCUGGUAAAUGACUCGGCUCUCUACAAUCCGUGGGCAAACACGGGAAGGAGCAACACGCCCUUCGACCAGCCAUUUUACCUGAUCCUAAACGUCGCCGUUGGCGGUACGAACGGGUUCUUCAAUGAAGGCAUAGGGAAUAAGCCUUGGGGUAACGAGUCGCCCACGGCACCCAAAGAGUUCUUCGACAGCAUGACCAAUUGGCUUCCGACGUGGGGAGAGGGCGACAAGCGCGGACUUACCGUCAAAUCUGUUAAGAUGUGGAGUCAAGGCGCCUGCUAG